CCGUCAACGGUUUGCCUUCCGUCGCGUCUUUUCUCCUCCUGCCUGCUCCUACAAUGUUUCGGACACUCGCCACGGCGUCGUUGAGGCCUUCUCUGCAUACCUCUUUGCGUCCUGCUGCUUCGGCGCGCCCUGCUCGUCUUCGCGCUGUGCUGGGGGCCUCUGCAGUGGCGACAUCUUAUUUCAUCUGGAAUGCCUGGUAUGGGCAGGGUAUAGCGUUGGACGCGCCCGCUUCUUCGUCCAAGCAGGUUUCACUAACACCCAAGUCUUCCACCUCGCCUGAAGCAAUCUCCCGCUCACCCUCCACAGCCCCUGAGCACGAGCCGUCAAUACCUCCGAAUUCACCUUCCCCAAGCGGAGCGACCCCGCAUAAGGAGCAGCCGCCAACUGAGGGCGAGACGGAGGAGAGUUCCGGCUCCGGCCAGGGGGGCGCGUUCAACCCCGAGACGGGUGAGAUUAACUGGGACUGCCCGUGUCUGGGCGGGAUGGCGCACGGGCCGUGUGGGCUUCAGUUCCGCGAGGCGUUCUCGUGCUUCGUGUUCUCUGAGGCGGAGCCCAAGGGCAUCGACUGCGUGGAGAAGUUCAAGGCCAUGCAGGAGUGCUUCAGGGAGCAUCCUGAUGUGUAUGGUGAGGACAUCAUGGCCGACGACGAGGACGAGGAAGGGUUCUCCCAGGACACACCGUCCUCCCCUGACGUUGCUGACGGGGCGAAGGUGUCGACGGACGAAUCUUCGGAGCGUUCAGGACUUGCCUCUCACCCCGCGGCGGAGCAGAAGAGCAGUCCCCGAAGCGCUGCUUCACACUAGAUGUCCGACAUAAAAGUACCCAUCUUCCAUAUUGUCAUUAAUACCUUAUCACAUCGUAGACUACACCACUCGCUACAUUCCUCCGCCCGGCUCAUUGCCUCCGACCACAAUUGUUCCCAUCGGUCUACGAAGGGUAUCUUCUGAAGCAGACCUACGGUUUAUCACAAGUACGUGAGGGCUGCAAUGCAGGUGCUCCGCGACUGGACGAACUACAAACCGAUGAUGGUCUGCCUCUUCGUCACCGCGCCGAGACGCCGCGGCCCAGUGGGACGAGAGCGCUGCGCGGGUCCCGGCCUGCUUGCUCUUAGGGUCUCUCCUCCGCUAUGAACAGCCUUCUUGACAUCUGGUAUGCGCCUACCACAUCAGCUAUUGCAGCAGGUUCAGUUGGGUCAGUCGGAAUGUCUAUAUGACGUUGCUAGCGUUCAGUUGCGAGAUUUGCGAACGUAGACACCUCGUGUCAACAGCACUAGAAGCUG